AUUGAUUAUAAUAAUUAUGCACAGAUGAUUCUAUUUAUAUUGUUACUAAACCCAGGACCCUGCAUUCACUAUAUCUGGUCUCCCCGGGCCCUGCAUUCACUUUAUCUGGUCUCCCCGGGCCCUGCAUUCACUAUAUCCGGUCUCCCCGGACCCUGCAUUCACUAUAUCCGGUCUCCCCGGACCCUGCAUUCACUAUAUCCGGUCUCCCCGGACCCUGCAUUCACUAUAUCCGGUCUCCCCAGACCCUGAAUUCACUGUAUCUGGUCGGUCUCUCCAGACCCUGAAUUCACUGUAUCUGGUCGGUCUCUCCAGACCCUGAAUUCACUGUAUCUGGUCGGUCUCCCCAGACCCCGAAUUCACUAUAUCUGGUCGGUCUCCCCAGACCCCGAAUUCACUGUAUCUGGUCGGUCUCUCCAGACCCCGAA